GGGAGCGAGAAAAAGACAGAGCGGGGGAGACAGAAGGAGAAGGAGCGAGAGAAAGAGAGCGGGAGACAGAGGGAGCAAACUGAAUGGCGCAUCUAAGAGGAUAACUGCCUGUUUAUUCACUGUGUCUCUGACUCUCCUGCUCUCCCUCCUGUUCUCUCUUACACAUGCGCCUGCGCACACACUCUGACAUACACUUUCAGACUCACACACACAUACAUGCUGACAGUCACCUGCAAAGCCACUGUGCUCAGGUUGGAAAAUGAGUAGGCUUAUAGUUGAGGAGAUGACUCUGAGGAGAAGAGAGUGAAACAGAGGGCACAGCAGGGAGGGAGAGAGAGAGAUAGAGGGAGAGAGAGAAGAGGAGGAGAGGGACAGAUGGAGUCCUUACUGAUGAUGCUAGGGAACGGAGGAACUGAGAACACCGAGCAGCAGUGAAAGAGGGAUGUGAAAGAAAUAAAGUGGAAAAAUGGAGCGAUGUAAGAAUGGAACAAACAGAGCAUAGAAAAGAAGAGGAAGAAGCAUAUGAAAAAGAAGAGAGAUAGAGUGAAAAAGAAGAAAGAUAGAGAUGGUGUGUGACUCCUCUGUUCAGUAUUCUGAAGGAUAUUCCCAGCAUCAUUUCACUUCUACCCAAACAGCCCACGACAGAGGGAGAGGAGGAAUGGUCCCAGGAGAGUAGGAAAAGGGACAACAGAUUAUCAGAGGACAGGUGUAAAGGAGCGAUAUAAGGAAUACAUGCAGUGGAGUUACUGGAACCUGGGCUAUCCUGUUAUCCAGCAAAAUGAGUGGAAGAUGAGUCACUGAGAAGAGGUAUCGGAAGAGAAAAAAAGAGAGAGAAAGAGAGAGAGAAAAUGUGAGAAAGCAAAAGAGGAAUAUAGAACAUCGUGGGGAGUCACACAACGUCAUCCCACUCCUUAGCAAUCCAAUCUCCCUCCCCAUGGGACAAUAGUGGGUUGGAAAGGCAAGCCUGCAGAUUCAUUGAUGGGAAGGAUGGACAAAGUGUAUUCAGGGGAGUCAUGCCUAUUUGUCGGUAGGUACCGUGCCCCCGUCACGAUCUUCUGGGACAUUAUUAAGACUAAGUUGGAGCUGACUGUACAGUAUCCAGGAGUCAUGCAACAGAACUGUGUGCCCCGUUCUCACACUCACCGCUCUUUUUGGGGUCUUCACACUUAUUUAAUGUGAAAUGUCCUCUUUUAGAAGAAGAUUUUGUAUGAGGGAGAUCUGAGCCAUGCUUUAAGUUGGCACUUGCUCCCAUGUUUAACGUGCUGAUAUCAAUUAUACAUUUAAUGUGGCUAUAUAGAACAGAUCUAUAAGGAAAUCAGGACUCUAUGUGGACUAGUACCAUAAAUAAAUGAAGUUCUGUGGACUAAGAGAAUCCGGUUCACCCUGAAGACUUAUUUUAUGAAGUCCAUGAUACAGUUCUCUCUAUCUGUAGUUUGAGCAAAGUACAGACCACCUGGCUUUGGUUACAUCUCUCAGGAAGUGAGAUAUCCAGAGCAACACACACACACCUGAGGAAGGACUAGUCCAUUGGAGUGCUGCAGAAGGGGGAUGACAGGACAAACAGCACUGCAGUGUGACAGUUAUAUCCAAUCAUCUCCAUGAUCACUCAAACCAACAAGCUACAGCUGUCUCCCCAGAUCUGCUUGUUGAUGGCACUCCAGCUCAACAAAUCCGAUAACACCGAUAAUCCAUUGUCAUAGAGAAUAAAUAAUAGUCAACAGACAAAUUGCAAAUAUAAUUACUCACAUCAAACGGCCUGCAGAAACUGUGGAUGUCGGGGGAAAGAACAAGACACCACAGGAGACAUGGUGAGCAAAGAGACUAAUCACUUGGUCACUGGCCAACACACCAACAGCAAGACCACCGACAAGCUGCCUGGCACCAUGACAGUGCGCUCAGUGCUGCUGAACCGCGACUCGCCGGAUAUCGAGAGCCGCUUAAAGCGCCGCCGCAACCGCACCCAGCAGGUCCGCUUCAAAGACCUGGAGGAUGGAUUGGGCAGCGGGACCACUGGAGCCAAGAGCUACCAGAAGACUGCCACUGAGUGUGACAGCCCCCACCCCUUCCGGAAGAACAGCCCCACAAGCCCCAUGGCCCCCCAAGGAUGGCUUACGGAGGCCUCGGUGGUGGGGGCAGUCCGAGGGGACAUGGCAGACACCAUUGAGGUGGUGGCGGCAUUUUUGGCUCGGGCGCCCCCUCACCCGCUAACCCCAGGGCCUACGCGCCGCUGCUGGGCACCACCACCAUCACCCCCACUGCCGUGCUCACUCACGCUGCCCCUCUCCCGGAGGCAGUGCACUAGCAUGGCCAUCCAGACCUCCCCCCGCCUCCAGAAGCCCAAGCCCUCCAUGCUCUCAAAUGUCCGCAGCGUGGGGGACUCGGUGGGGGUGGAUGGGGACGACAAACAGGACAACGAACAUGAUGAGUACUACACUACCCACAACUACCUUUCAGAGCCUGCAUCCAGAGAUGGAAACGGCCCUGGGUUUAAGGCUAAGCAGGGAUUGGUGAACCAAACCCAGUGCCUCAGGACUAGUGAGGCUAGCGCUAGCUCCCUUGCUGUUGGGAAUCACAUGGACUCUUCCUGGCAUAACUCUUCUUGUUUUUCCCCUCCUAAAUGCCAGGGGAGUGCAACUCCGUCCCAAGUGAGGAGGAGAAGGCGCAUAAACAAUGCAAUCAGUGACCCAGGAAGGGAGGUGUCCUACUGUACCACUCCAACACAGACGGAGAGUCCCUGUGUCUCCCCUCCUAACACCCCACCUCCCUUGACAGUGCAGCCCUGCACCUACCCACCUCCCUCGACUGUGGGUCCAUCCACCUCCUCACCUCCCUCGACUGUGGGACCCUCCACCUCCCCACUUCCCUCGACUGUGGGACCCUCCACCUCCCCACCUCCCUUGACUGUGCAGGCCUGCAUCACGCAAACAAAAGCUGACAGUCCCUCCACCUGCCCACCUCUCUCGACUGUGGGACCCUCCACCUCCCCACCUCCCUCGACUGUGGAUCCCUCCACCUCCCCACCUCCCUCGACUGUGAAACCCUCCACCUCCCCAUCUCCCUCAACUGUGGUACCCUCCACCUACACACCUCCCUUGUCUGUGCAGGCCUGCACCACCCAAACACAAACUGAUUGUCCCUCCACCUUCCCACCUCCCUCGACUGUGGGACCCUCCACCUACCCACCUCCCUUGUCUGUGCAGGCCUGCACCACCCAAACACAAACUGACUGUCCCUCCACCUUCCCACCUCCCUCGACUUUGAGACCCUCUAUCUCCUCACCUCCUACUGUGCCCUCCACCUCCAAAACUCAGACUGUGCUUCACUAUGCCUCCUUACCUGAAACUGUGCAAACCUCCACCCAUCCACGUUGUGAAAUUCCCCCUCUGGUGGUUCUGCCUUGCGUCUCCCAGAAUGAGUCCACCUGUACAUCUCCCCCCAGAAAAUCUGUGCUUCCUCCGAUUGUGCUUCCAUCUAAAGCUCAAACCACUCCACAUCAUACAACACAAACUGAACCUGUUCCACCCUGUACCUCCCUGAUUCAAAUCAAACUAACAUGCACCACCACAACUACAACCAAAGCCUCAAUUCCAAAUUGGCCCACCCAAUCACCAACUCCAAUGAUAGAUCCGGACACAGCCCCAAAUUGCCUCGACCCAAAACAAACUCAUGUUCUAGCCCCCUACACUGCCCAAUUUUGCCCCACUCCAACUCCAACGAUAGCCCCCUACUCAGCCCCAUCUUUCUCCACCACCUCGACUCCAACUCCAACGAUAGCCCCCUACUCAGCCCCAUCUUUCUCCACCACCUCGACUCCAACUCCAACGAUAGCCCCCUACUCAGCCCCAUCUUUCUCCACCACCUCAACUCCAACUCCAACGAUAGCCCCCUACUCAGCUCCAACAUUCUCUGCCAACCCGACUCCAACUCCGACGAUAGCCCUCUACUCAGCUCCAACUUUCUCCACCUCCCCGAAUCCAACUCCGACGAUAGCCCCCUACUCAGCUCCAACUUUCUCCACCACCCCGACGAUAGCCCCCUCCUCAGCCCCAACUUGCCACACCACUCCAACUAUAGCCCCCUGCACCAUCCUAACACAAACUGCCCCACCCUGCUCCUCCUUAAAUAAAGCAGCAAUCUACUGCACCUCUCCACCUCCAACUGUGACAUUGUGCCACCCAACAACCCAAACCGUCCCUCCCUACAUCUCCUUAAUUCAGACCAUACCACCUGGGAACCCCCCAUGUCAGACCAUAUCCCAUGGGAACGCUCCAUGUCAGACCAUACCCCCUGGGAACCCCCCAUGUCAGACCAUACCACCUGGGAACCCCCCAUGUCAGACCAUAUCCCCUGGGAACCCUCCAUGUCAGACCAUACCACCUGGGAACCCCCCAUGUCAGACCAUACCCCUGGGAACCCCCAUGUCAGACCAUACCCCCUGGAAACCCCCAUGUCAGACCAUACCCCUUGAACCUCCCAUGUCAGACCAUAUCCCCUGGGAACCCCCAUGUCAGACCAUACCCCCCUCCCAUGUCAGACCAUACCCCCUGGGAACCCCCAUGAACCCCCCAUGUCAGACCAUACCCCUGGGAACCCUGGGAACCCCCAUGUCAGACUAUACCCCCUGGGAACCCUCCAUGUCAGACCCACCUGGGAACCCCCAUGUCAGACUAUACCCCUGGGAACCUCCCAUGUCAGACCAUACCCCUGGGAACCCUCCAUGUCAGACUAUACCACCUGGGAACUCCCCAUGUCAGACCAUACCCCCUGUGAACCCACCAUGGGAACCCUCCAUGUCCCAUGUCAGACCAUACCCCCUCCAUGUCAGAACCUCCUCCCAUGUCAGACCAUACCCCUGGGAACCCUCCAUGUCAGACUAUACCACCUGGGAACCCCCAUGUCAGACCAUACCCCUGGGAACCCCCCAUGUCAGACCAUACUCCCUGGGAACCCCCCAUGUCAGACCAUACUCCCUGGGAACCCUCCAUGUCAGACCAUACCACCUGGGACCCCCAUGUCAGACCAUACCACCCUGCUUCUCCCAACCUCCAGUAGUUCCUUCCUACUCUGCCCACAUUCAAAUCCAAACGAUAAAAUACUGCUCCUCUCCCUCUAACAUUGUAAAAAGCUGCAACUCCCCACCUCCAAUGGUAAAAUCCUACCAUACACUUCCAACGGGUCCAUCUUGUGCCACACCCACAAAAACUGUGCCCCUCUAUGCUUCCACAUUUCGGCCUGCGCCCCCCUACACCCCCCCACCUCAGGCCCAACACUGCAGCACUCAGGACAGGAGGGUGAUAGAGUGGGAGUGUAGAGGGGAGAGAAGGAUACUUCCACCGCCACCCCCGCCACCUCCCCCAUACACCCCACGCAAAGAGGGGGUGAGCUGUACCUCAGGCCCAGGCCACCGGGCGCCCCUACUCAGGCGAGCGAGUGAGAAGGAGAAGUCAGGGAGAUCAGGGUCACCUGUGCACUGUCCCCGAGCCUGUUCUCUGAAACACAGAGCUCAAACACCCCCGGAGGUCCCUCUGAAGGGGAACCAGGGAGACCAUGGUUCCUCGCCAACCAAGGCCGUCCCCAGACCCACCUGCCUGGGCCAGGCUCAGGCUCAGCUGGGGGCUCAGAUUGGUGCCCUCCAUAAGAUACUCUGCUCUGGGCCCAACACCCCCAACAGCCAGCACGCUUUCCCCCCCGGCCAGUACCCCUCCGGGGGCUGCUCUGGCUCUGGAGGGGGCUCCUCGGUCGGGCCCCUGACCUCCAUCCAGGCAGACACACUGAGGCAGGUGCAGGAAAUCUUGGGGGGGCUGGUGUCAGGGGCCAGGAGUAAACUGGAUCCCACCUGGGUGGCAGAGAAACUGAUGGGCCCCAACGGGCCCCUGCACGACAUCCGCAGCCUGCAGACCCAGCUGCACAGCCUGGAAGGGGUCUUGGAGACCAGUCAGAAUACCAUCAAGGUACUGCUGGACGUUAUUCAGGACCUGGAGAAGAAGGAGGCUGAGAGAGAUGGGAGACACUCCUACCGGACAGGCCAAGACAUAGAGAACUGUGGUACGUGUAGAGACUGUGCCUGCAUCAUAUACAGUGUGGAGCAUGACUUCCGACUGCAGGAGGGGGCAGUGACCCGCACGUGGAGGGUAGAGGACCCUCCAGAGGUUUCCCUCCUGCCCACUGUGACCCCUCAGCCCACCACGCCACACCGCCAGGAAACACCCCUGCCGGUGACACUGGCACGCCCCCCUCACAGCGGCAAGAAAAGCAGGAAGAAGUGCUUCUGGUUCUUGUGA